AUGGCGCCUCCUGCGCCCCCAAAGGGACCUCCCCCAGCUGCGGGCUUGCCCGCGAAAGUCCCCUCCAUUCCCCCAAACCAGACCCUCUACGUGCGGAACGUUCCCUCAUCAAAGAUACAAAAAGACGACUUGAGGACCGCGCUUUAUAUGCUCUUCUCGACCUACGGACCCGUCCUGGAUGUGGUGGCAUUGAAGACCCAGAAGAUGAGGGGGCAGGCUCACAUCGUCUACCGUGACAUACAGGCAUCAACACAAGCCAUGAGGGCACUGGACGGAUUCGAGUUUCUCGGCCAUGAGCUUAAAAUCUCCUACGCCAAGGGCAAGUCCAACGUCGUCGCCAAGCUGGACGGCACCUUCAAGAUGGUCAACCCCUCGGCGGCCGCCAAUGUCGAAGUGACCGAGCUCCAGCAGAGCAUCUUCAACGCUCCUGUUCCGGGUUCCGCUUCGCAAGCAAACUUGCCCGUGAAGCCCAAUGCUGGACCAGUGGAUGCUGCUACGCCGGAGAGCAGGGGAGUCAAGCGCGGCCGCGACGAUGAGGAUGAGGACGAGGAGGACAGCGACGUGGCUAUGGAGGAGGACAGCGACGACGAGUGA